AUGGUAAAGAGGACUGUGUCAGUGCAGGUUCUGCUGCUCAUUGUACAUGGCAUCUUAGUGCCAGCUUCAGCACAAGUCUGCAGUCUACUUGAAUAUAAUACAGUUGAUGCUUUUAUUCACCACAGCUUAAACUUGCGUGAGUUUAAAUUUGCUCAGACUCUGAUUUUUGCCAUUGAGGAGAUUAAUAACAACACACAGUUGUUGCCUGGUAUUUCUUUGGGCUAUAAGAUAUAUGACUCAUGUCGCUCUUUCACUCAAACAAUCAUCUCAGGCAUGGCUUUGAUGAACGGUUAUGAAGACACUUUGAGUGAUACAUCCUGCCUUAGACCACCAGCUGUGCAUGCCAUUGUUGGAGAUUCAGCAUCCUCAUCCACCAUUGGCUUGGCAUCUGUAGUUGGUCCAUUCAGCUUACCUGUUAUCAGUCAUUUUGCCACAUGUGCAUGCCUGAGUGACAGAAAAAGGUAUCCAUCCUUUUUCAGAACAAUAUCCAGUGAUUAUUACCAAAGCAGAGCUCUGGCUCAGCUUGUCAAGCACUUUGGCUGGACCUGGGUUGGGACAGUCAGGAGUCGCAAUGACUAUGGUAAUAAUGGAAUUGCAGCCUUUGAGGAGGCUGCAAAAGAAGUAGGUGUUUGUAUUGAAUACUCAGAGGCCAUAUUAAACAAUGAUCCAAAAGAACAAUUUCUAAAGACACUGGGGGUGAUCAAAAAGGGCACCGCCAAGGUGGUGCUUGCUUUUAUUGCAUUAGGAGAUUUUCUACCCCUCCUGAAAGUUAUUUUGCAACACAACAUCACAGGCAUACAGUGGGUUGGCAGUGAAUCCUGGAUCACUUCUCGAACUCUUGCAGAAACAAAGGAAUACAGUUUUCUUUCUGGAUCUGUGGGUUUUGCUAUAGCAAAUGCCAAAAUUAUGGGCCUGCGAGAGUUCCUAGUGAAUGUGCACCCUUAUCAAGAACCAAAAAAUGAACUUUUAAAAGAAUUUUGGGAAACAGUUUUUCAAUGCUCGUUCAGGAACAUUGGCAGUGAUGGCUGUACUGGUUCAGAGAGACUUGAAGAGCUGCAAAAUGAAUAUACUGAUAUAACAGAGCUACGAAUAGUAAAUAAGGUUUACACUGCAGUGUAUGCCGUUGCAUAUACACUACAUAACGUAUUAAAAGACUUCAGGUCCUUCACCAACAGCAGCAAAAUAGGAUGGCCUAUACCACAAAUGGUGUUGAAGUAUAUGAGGGAUGUGAGAUUCACUGUUAAAACAGGUGAAGACAUUUUUUUUGAUGAAAGUGGUGAUCCAGUAGCACGAUAUGACCUUGUUAACUGGCAGCCUGCUGAGGAUGGAAGUCUGCGGUUUGAGCAUGUGGGCCUCUAUGACAGCUCAAUUCCUUCAGAACAUCUUCAAGUCAAUCAGGAACACAUACUAUGGGCAGAGAAAAGUGGACAGUUGCCUGUGUCCGUGUGCAGUGAGACCUGCCUCCCCGGUACUAGGAAGGCUGUGCAAAAAGGACGACCUGUCUGCUGUUAUGACUGUAUUCCAUGUGCAGAAGGAGAAAUCAGUAAUGGCACAGAUUCUAGUGACUGCUUUCCUUGUGAUUUGGAGUACUGGUCGAAUGAAAGUAAAGACAGAUGUGUCUUAAAAGUGGUUGAAUUCCUGUCCUAUACAGAAAUCAUGGGGGUGGUGUUCUGUAUUUUCUCAUUCAUUGGAGUUUUAUUAACAGCAAUGGUAUAUUUUCUGUUUUAUCUUCAUAAAGAAACAUCUAUUGUAAAGGCCAACAACUCAGAGCUGAGCUUCCUGUUGCUCUUCUCACUCACGUUGUGUUUUCUCUGUUCACUUACUUUCAUUGGCCGGCCCACUGAGUGGUCCUGUAUGUUGCGUCACACAACGUUUGGGAUCACAUUUGUCCUCUGUAUCUCCUGUGUUCUCGGGAAAACAAUAGUUGUGCUAAUGGCCUUCAAAGCUACACUUCCAGGAAGUAAUGUCAUGAAAUGGUUUGGGCCUGCACAACAAAGACUCAGUGUUGUUUCCUUAACGUUAAUACAGGUUAAUCUGUGUGCUUUGGUUAACAAUAUCCCCACCUUUUCCAUAUAUGAAUUUGAGCUAUUAUAG